UUUUUUAGCUCAGCCCCUGGGGCUGCUGGCCCUGCGCAGGAAGAGCACUUAGUGGAGGGGCGGGGCGUGGCACGCGCCUUGGAGCACCCUCUCGGUCGGUUCACAGGACCUCGAGACCUGGAGGGUUGGUGGAGAGUGGAAGGGAGGGAGAGAAGGUAGGCGCCUGGGCCCACCUCUCGACCCAAGCCUCCCAGCCCCAUGGUCCCCGCCGCCUGCAUGCUGCUCUGGGCCCUGCUGCUUAGUUUGGGGCUCCGGGCGGCGGGGGCCCAAGACCAGACGUCAAACCCAACGUCAAACCCGACCUCAAACCAAACCUCAAACCCAACCUCAAACCCGACGACCGCGACCACAACUGAGAUGCAGCGGAUUAGCGUCCGCUUUGGGGGCCCAGCCCGCAGCCGCCGGAGCACAAGCGUCACUACCCGGAACAGUGCACAACGGAAGGUGAAGGUACCUCUGGAGGAUGAGAAUGAUGCGCUGGCCACUGCUGACCGCCUGGCCGCCCCGGCAGCAGCUGAGCUCCUGUCCACUGUGACAGGUAAUAGCCGGUCAUCAGCGGCCAACUCCAGUGAGUAUGAUAGCUCAUUGGAAGAGGGAGUCGUGAUUGAUGCCAAAAAAACCACCUAUUCUGGAACUCUGUCUUCGAUCUCCAAUACUAGGAGUGUUAGCACAACCACCACCGGGAGGUUUGUAGCCAAUAGCCAGGAGCGAGAGAUUAGGAUGACCACGGAUCUGCCAUCCUUCACUUCAAAGCCUACUGUGGACCUGAGUUCCGAGACUCCCGAGAGCACCCUGCACCAGUGGUCGACACCUGGGUCUACCCCGACCCCGUGGCGAAAAGCAUCACCCACAGCCAUGCCAUCUCCUGAGGAUCUGCGGGUGAUGCUGAUGCCUUGGGGCCCAUGGCACUGCCACUGUAAGUCGGGUACCAUGAGCAGGAGCCGCGCCGGAAAGCUGCAUGGUGUUUCUGGGCGCCUUCGAAUUGGGGCACUGAAUGAACUCCGCACGGAGCACCGGCCUUGCACCUACCAGCAGUGCCCUUGCAACAAGCUCCUGGAGGAGUGCCCUCUGGACUCCAGCCUCUGUCCUGACAGUGGCUGCAGUUCGCCCUCCAAAGCGAUCAGCACCACCUCUCCUCAGGCUCCUGUCCACCUGAGACGCAGACCCAUCCUCCCACCCACUAGCCCGAGCCCUAGCCCAGCUCUUGCCUUUUGGAAACGUGUCAGGAUCGGCCUAGAGGACAUCUGGAAUAGCCUUUCUUCAGUGUUCACAGAGAUGCAACCAAUAGAAAGAACCCAGAGGUGAUGGCCACGUCACCUUCGAGAGAUGUCUGCAUUGUAACCUCCCUUUUCAACCCCUGAACCCACUACAUAUUUUUAAUACAGAAAAAAAAAAACUUAAAAUACA